UAAGUACUUCAAGGCGAAUGCGUGUUUGAUUACAUUCGAUGUAAAACAUGAAAACUUUAUUAUAUUCUUGUAUAGUUGACAAAAAGAGAAUAUUUUAGUAGAAUUUAUGACUGAACGAUCUAGAUCUUUAACGUAUAAACAUGUUAAUUUACGAUGUUAUGCACAAAGAAGCAGUAUAUCAUUCAGUUGUUAGCAAUCUUCGUAAUUAUGGCGUUAAAUAUCGGUUUAAAAAGAGUAUGUUUAAAACCGAAAGAGUCGAAGGAAUUAAACAUAUAUCGAAGAAAGUUUUCAAGACUCCUUUGUCGUAUCAACCGUUGGACGUUGUGAAUCUGUCUUCGGGUGGUAUUGUGCACGUGCCAGUUUUUGUCAGUCAAGCUGCAACCUUUUUAGAAAAACAUAUCGUUCAAGAAGGGUUGUUCAGAAAGGCGGGAUCGCAGCUUCGACAAAAAGAAUUAAUAGUUCGUUUAGACAAUGGUGGAACCUUGGGAGAAAAGCAUAAUGCAAUCGACGUAGCAAAUUGCUUAAAGACCUUCUUUAGAGACUUGCCGGAACCGUUAAUUCCCUUUACUUAUCAUGAUUUAUUUGUGCACUGUGCCAUGCUUAAAGUUUAUCGUGUACAAGCAUUAUUGUUAGCUUGUAUCCUUCUGCCACCACAUCACCUCAAUACUCUGGCAUUUUUCAUGGAGUUCUUGAGGAAGGUAUCAUUGUAUGAAAAACAGAAUAAAAUGAGUAUCGAUAAUCUAGCAAAAGUUAUUGGACCAAAUAUCAUGCCUCUGCAGGAAGCAACCAUGUCAGCUGUACAAAUGCGUCUUGAAUUACAUUUUAUUGUCGUCAAGACUUUAAUUGAAAAUGCAGAAGGUAUUGGAGUGUUACCAGAUCAUAUAAUGCAAGCUAUUUCUAUGGAAACUAUUGGAAGCACAGAUAAUGAAUUAGAUGUGUCUGAUUCUCGUUCAAAAUCCAGAAAAAAGAAACACCGCAGUGGAAGCCUUACACGUAAGCCACAUCUAAGUGCUUCCAACCUCAAUCUAAGAAUGUUUAAUGGUUUAAAAAAGAUUGUUGGCAAGAGUACUAUACCUGAUGAUGAUAAUGCAUCUGAUAAUCAGAGACUUUCUGGAAAUUGUGAUUUGUUACAAGCAUCAAAUAAUAAAUCUAUAAAAAAAAGAAAAGUUGUUGAACGCUUGGAUCCCUCAAGUACAAAGAAAAAAAGAGUUGUAGAUAAAGCAGAUAAAUCCAAAAAAAUGAGACUUAGUCUGGAUCGUUUUGUACCAAGGAAGCCAAAAACUGUAGACGAAGAUCCAGAAUCAUCUACAAAUAAUUUUGAUUUAUAUACAGAACGACGUUGGAGUUCUGUUUCUAAUACGUGUGAUUCAGAAAGGAAAUGUAGAACGUAUAGCGACGGUUCCUCGCAAUUAAAAUUAAUUUUAAAAGAUAACGAAGCAACAAACGAACUUCACACAGAAUAUAAUAAUAUGUUCAUUGAUGCAGAUGUUAAUUUAUCAGACGAUAGCGACGAGCAGGUCUUGUUAACAAAAAAAGAUGAUAAUAAUAUUAAUAAACGUCAAAAGCACUUGAGUUCAAAUUCGGAAGAAUUACAAAUUUUAAAUAAUUUCGAUCAAAUGCACUCAUACCCGUUACAAGGAAAGCUGACUUUAAAUAACUUUGAAACAUAUUCACACCUGGAAGUCACGUCUAUGGGCAACGAAUCCGAAGAAUACGUUACGAUACCUAAAAGCGAAUACGAAGAAAUUAAAAAUAGGGUUUCAGCAAUUGAAUCGCGACUUUCUCAAGAGUUCGGUUGCGUAAAUAAUGAGGAAACCGCGAGUUUGUCGCCACAUUCUGUGAAAAAAGUACAAACUGCAUAUGAAAAAACAUUAGAAGAAUCUUGUAUCGAAAGUACAGCGACGACAGAUUAUUUAGCUAGAAAACUUGGAAAGGAGCUCAAAAUAAGAAGAUCAGGCGAGCCUAAGAUCAUAAGAUCUCCUAGUGCUCGGAAGAUAGGUAGUCUAAGAAGACGAUCGCAAGACAGGAUUAUGAGUAAACGCGUUAGACGAACCGCUUCAUGGCAUAUUUCUCAUGGAUCGAAUUUACAGCAACUACAAUCUAACCAAGAGUCAAAUAAUGGUUAUCUUCAUAAUGAAGAAGCAUUUUUGUCAAAUCGUACAGAAGAUCGCGCCCAUUUACGACCUGUGUCUACCUCGCUUUGGGAAGAAGAAAAAAAUAAAGCCGUACUGAAUAAUGUACGCAACGAAUUUAAUAGUGGAAAGAUAUAUCCAACAAAACAUGGUGUAAAUUCUAUUGGAACUGAAGCACUUCAACCAAUAAAAAGUCGAACCCACACUACAGUACGACGAGUUUCCUCUUUCCAUGGUAGCGAGCUUACAGAUGGAGGAAUGUUUUCUAACGAAAAAGUUGAAAAAUUAAAAAAGACGAAUAGUCAGCGUAACAUUAUUUUAAACAACGCGCAUGCGACAUUGACUCCAAAGUCUGAUUGGAAAAAAUCGAAUAUGCCCUGGAAAGAUGCCGAGGGAUAUUUUAAAUCAAAAAAUCAAUCGAAUACCCCGGUUAUCCAAACUGGCCGUGCGUCGAUUGCAAAAUUAAGGACCCAGAACGCAGGAAUGGUAUUGGCUAAGGCUAAAUUGUUUGAUGAAUGUACAACAAAAGUACACGCCCAAAACACCGUGUCAAGUAAAAAGAACAAUUGGCUAAGUACAAAUAAUAAUCAAUUUACAAAUGCUCUAACAGGUUCUUGCGAAAGUACUGAAUUAUGUCGAAAAUCGAGUAAAAAUAUGAAGAAUAAAAGUACAAAAUUGAUAUUUGAAAAUUCUCCUUCCCAUAUCGCUAUGGAAACAGAAGGCACAGCUUCGAAUUUAAAUCACCAAAAAACUAAUUUGUGUUACUAUAUUCCUCAAGAUUUUGGUAUGAAAGUUUCCAAUCCAUUACAAGUAACUAUGAAUAAGCAACUCGACGUUGCAUCUGAUUUAGAACUUCAUCAGAAAGAAAACGUGGUUGCAAAAGGCCUACCUUUAAUAAAUCAAUUACCUACGGAUACGAUAUUGCCUGAAUCGAGAUUAAGUAUGUAUAAAUCCGAUGGUAAUACACUAUGUAGAACUCCGCAUAUUAAGAAACCAUUAACUGUAAAAACACCUAAAAGUGCUAAGACAUUAUCGAGAAAACCCAAUGUAGAUUCCCGUAGAACGCCUUUGAAAGCUGUUAGUCAAUUGGGAACUCCGAAAUACCAGAAUCCUAAAAGUAUAUUAAAAACACCAAGGAGUGUUAGUAGACACGCGUAGUAUGACAAUGUACAAAUCUGUUAAAAAUGUGUUCUAAAAUUUAAGCGUAAGUUUUCAAGCUUUUAUAUUAGUAUAAAUACAACAGUAUCGAUUCUAAUAUAGGAUUCCAUAUAAGCAACAGAAUAUUUUUAUUACACUUUCACUCAGAGUGCUCGUAUAAUUAGAUGUAUAAUAAGUUGUUAUACAAAUUUAUAGAAAGGAGAAUGCUAAUAAGCCUAUAGUGUACGAGCCGAGUAAGUUCAUCAAAUGAUUUUUAUAUAAUUUAUACUGAUAUGAAAGAAUUGAAAAUUUUAAGAAAAGAAACGACAAACUUUUAUAUUUUUCUUCACACCAAAAAGUUAUAUAAAAUAUUAUUAUUAUUAAAUUUUACUGUAGUGUUUGGUAUGAUAUUGUCGAAAUACUUUUAAAUAUAAAAAAGAAGCGUAUGUAUUUGUAUA